GCGGGGCGGUCCCUGUCUCUCGGCGCUCUGGGCAGGACGCGCCGCCGCCUCCCGCCGCGGGGAUGAGCGCCUCGGCCGCCACCGGCGUCUUCGUCCUGUCCCUCACCGCCAUCCCCGUCACGUACCUCUUCAACUGCCUGGCGGCCACCGGCAGUUCCUGGGUAAUCGUUACAGUUGGAUUGCUGGUUCUGGUUUUUAUUGCUUUGUUGGCUCGUGUUCUUGUCAAGAGAAAACCUCCUAAAGACCCGCUGUUUUAUGUUUAUGCUGUAUUUGCCUUUACCAGCGUAGUGAAUCUAAUCAUUGGAUUGGAACAAGAUGGAAUUAUUGAUGGAUUCAUGACUCAUUACUUGAGAGAGGGGGAGCCAUAUCUGAACACUGCGUACGGCCACGUGAUCUGCUAUUGGGAUGGCUCCGUUCAUUACCUGAUGUAUCUGUUGAUGGUGGCAGCUAUUGCAUGGGAACAAAGCUACAGAACCAUUGGCCUCUAUUGGCUGGGUUCCAUUGUCAUGAGCAUCAUUGUCUUUAUGCCUGGAAACAUUGUGGGCAAAUACGGAACAAAAGUGUUUCCUGCCUUUUUCUUAAGUGUACCAUAUAUUUGCCUUCCCAUAUGGGCCGGGUUCCGAAUUUAUAACCAGCCUUCAGUGACUCAUGACACUCCAGUAAAGGUGGUUCAGGAAGUCCAGAAGAAAGGACUCUUAAGACGACCAAUAGAUUUAAUGUUAGCUGCAUACCUCAUUCUAGCAACGGGGUUUUGCAUAUUUAGGGGUAUGAUUGCUCUGGACUGCCCUGCUGAACUCUGCCGGCUAUAUAUUCAACUUCACGAGCCUUAUAUAAAAGAUCCUGCUGCCUAUCCUAAGCUUCAGAUGCUGGCAUACAUGUUCUACUCUGUGCCGUACUAUGUGAUUGCUCUGUAUGGCCUGCUGGUGCCUGGUUGUUCCUGGAUGCCCGAUUUAACCAUCAUACAUGCUGGAGGACUAGCUCAGGCUCAAUUUUCCCAUAUUGGUGCUUCUCUUCAUGCUCGAACUCCUUACAUCUACAGAGUCCCUGAAGAAGCCAAACAGUUUUUUCUGAUAUUGAACAUAAUGUAUGGGAUUCUUCCCCAGCUGUUGGCUUACAGGUGUGUCAACAAGCCCGAGUUUUUUAUGAAAACAAAACAAGAAGAAAAAACGGAAUAGCACAACUGUUCAGCUCCUCCUUUUGGCAAUGUACAUCACUGGGUUGGGAUGUAACUGAACUGCUCAAAUGGAACCCAAACGAAGCGUGUCAGAUAUGUAAAACUGGACAAUCGCGUGAAGUUGCACAGUCUGUUCUGUUUGUCCUACUCAAAAAAGGGAAAAUAAAGACGACUGCCUUCAGUACCGCUUCUCAACAUUUUGACUUUGUGCUGCAGUGGAGUUGCUGGUUCACGUAGCUAUUUUUAAGUAAGCUGCUUUGACAGUUUUAGAAAUACUGCAUGAAGUUAAAUAAUAAUAAUGAUGUCAGUGUUUAGCCUCCACACACUGAGGAAUAGCAGUGCUGGCAAUCCCUGUCCAGAGCUACUGCAGAACGUGAAGGUCAACAUUUUGAAGUGUCGAAAAUUAACAUACGUAACUCUGUCACAUGCACAUCUUUUAUUUGUCAAAAAGUACGUCUUGUGGGUCAGCCUCGUUAAAAAUCCCAAGAAAUCUUUUAAGAAGCAAUCAACUGUUAUGGUAAGACUCCUUAUACGAUAAGCAAAUCAUAUAGGUUUGUUAAUUCUGCUCAUCUCCUUCAAGUUAAGCAUGUGCUUACAAGGGCUUGUGAAGGGGGCAGGGGUUUUACCUCGAUCGAUCAGGCCUUACACCGCUGCCUGCAUUUUCAGAGAGGAGUGGGUUUUGGCCGUGUUCUUCUGCGCAGCUACUUUUGCUAAUUCUGUUUGGUCAUAAGCAAGUAGCAGAAAAUACUGCAACCUUAGUUUGUGUAAUUUAGGCUUCUGUUUGCAGUUACAACUAUUUCUAUGACUUCUAUGUGUAUUUGUACCAAAAGCAGUACAUUUAGUGCCUUUCUCACAGAUGCAUUAGCUGAUAUAUUUGAACCGGCAACACUUUGUUUUGGGAUGUUGACUUCUGGGUGUUUGGGUUUAGGGAAUUUUCAUGGUCUUUUUAAACCUAAUCGAUAAUAAGAAAGCAUCAACUCAUGCGCAUGCGUGUUGCACCCUGCACAAGGGGACUUGCAGAGCAGCAAGAAAUUCAUGCUUUACCACUCUCCCGUUGAACACUGAGGUGUAGGACCCACGGUUUUAUACCUCCAGCCAAAGGGGCACCUCCAAAAUGAACCCAGCGCAUCUCAGUCAAUGCUUCUUGGCAAAAAGGACCUUAGCAAUGACUUCCUCCAGCACCCGGCCUCCCUGGCAUGGGCUCCUUCCAUGUGCACUGGAAUCUGGGAUAGCUCCAUCCCAGUGCGUCCUCCCGAGAAAACAAUCCCAGAGCUGUUGGGCUGUAAUAGGACAUUGCUGUCUCAGAAACCAAUACUUGAGCCUCCAACGUUACUUCUAAUGUUUUUAAAGAAACUUUGAAUACAUUCAAGGUGAAUUUAAUAACCUCCUGUUAUCCAGAAAAGGCAAAGUACAGAAAAAAUAAAGAUCUCACCUGCACUUGUAUCUAUUAUGGUCAACUCAUGUUAACAGAAUGUUUUGCUUUAAUACUUGACUUACAUUAAUACCUCACAUUAUUACACGUAUGAAGCCAAAUAUGACGCUAACUUAGUUGCUUACAACCUCAAACCUUACUCCCAAUACACAUUCCAAUAAAUUUAUUCUGUAAAAACAAUACAUUUUUUUGUUUUCUUUUUGUUUUGUUUUUUGUUUUUUUGUCGUGGGUUUUUUUUUAGUUUUUUACAGUAAACUCGUCAACUACAAACCUUGAAUACGCAAAAGAUGUUCCAAGGACAAGCAUAACAAGGAUUGAUAAAACCAGACUAAAUAUGUUUUCACAAUAAAAGCUGGCAUAAAAAUAAAUAAAAAUCUCUAUUAUCACAAUAGCAACAAUAAUGUACACAGAAUAAUGGAUUUGGAAUGCUUACUUACUAGUCUAGUUCUAUUUCCAAAAGGAAAAAAAAGCCAGAAUGACAGCAUCCUUUUUUAAGCCUUUCAUUAUUUAAAAUUGAUGUUUUCUUUUGGUUUCCCAUAGGGUUCUAUAUCACAGUAAGCUUAAAAAUGGAAAGCAUCCAAAUGAAUGACUUCAAAUUGUGUUGGCAUUGGAAAAAAUCCUUGUAUUAAUCUAAAGAAACACAAAAAGACUUUCACUAACUCCACAUAUAGGAACUAAGUCAGAUAGUGUACAUUACAUCAUGAUUUUGAGAAGUAGUAAGAGUAUAACUAGCUAGGUACUUCUAAUAAGGAAAGGUAUUUUAUUACAUUAUUGAACUUGGCGGUGAUCUCAACUGAAGAGUUUUUCCUUUAUGUUGUAAACUGAUAAGAAAUCAAUAAAGUAUGGAUAUAGGGAAAUUUAAAAUCAUGUUUGUAGGUGAAGAUAUUGUACUCUCAUAUGAAGGGGACUAAGUGCUAAGAUUUACUUGUUUUUUUAAAAAAAUGCUGAUUUAGAAUGCUAUUAUUUGGAGUUACACCUUUUCUAUCUAGAAAAGGAAUCUAAAACAUGUUCAAGUAUGCGAUAUCUUCAUAAACCUCAGCCACUGUAAAGGGCAACUUCAUGCAACCAAAUAAUAUGAAAAUCAAAACGUAACCCUUAGAAAAAAGGGUGAAAUGUCAUUUCUGCAAACACAACAGAUAGGAAUGUGAACAAUGUGCAUACAAACUGGGAUGCUGUUGAUGAUACUAAUGAACAGAUGUGGUGACUCAUAUCAAAUCCAAGAAUAUUAGACAACCAAACAUGUAACC